AUGGCUGAGUUUCCGAUAACUUUGGAGACUACCGGAGUCUAUCACGUACCCAGGAUACCCAGUCCUGCAGUGGACAAGGUCGCGUCGUUGCUUCAGCAGAACCAUGAAGACUUUCAUGUUUAUUGGAACUUCAAAGGCUAUCAUAAUCAUCAAGUGCAUUACCUUUUGACGGCCUUUGCACUCGGCGCAGAUCCUAGCGAGCUGCAAACGGCGUUUAAUAUCAAUACCAGCUAUCAACGACGAAGGCUUCCCCUCGACGAAGAAGUUAUUCGGAAACUAUCAGACAACCGAUAUUUCAAGUCUUUGUUAGGUUAUGAUGCUUGGUUCAAUGACUAUACCAUUUUCUUCAAACGAAAGUUUCAGCAAGAAGGAUGGCAAAAUGUUGUCAAUGAAUACCUCUUUUCAAGGAGUGAGAUUGCCGAGGAAUUGCUGGUGAGGCUCUUUUCGGGGGUCGUCCACCCUCUGAUUCAUUUCGGAUUUGGCAUCGAGUUCGAACAGUGUGCCAUAAUUGCCGAAGGACUGGCGCAAGCUGUGUGUCAUAACGACUUCUUUAAACCUUUCCUUCUGCACUCGGAACAAUUAGCGAAAACUAAAAAGAACGAACAUCCUAGCUCCUUGGUAGGUUUAUUGAGUGAGAUUCGACAAGAUCCUGCUCUCUACGAUGAAAAAUAUUGGGACGGUGGCGAUUCCCUUAACGAGAAGAUUGUAGCUGACGCACCGGAAAAGCUUUGUGAGAUCGCCGCUAAAUGGAGAGUGAGUGUUGACGAAAUCGACGAAAAGACAGCUGAGAUAAUCAAUGCCACCGCCUGGAUGACUGGCGCGGCUCAGCGACCUGGCAAGACAAUCAAGCUCGACUUCUUCUUCAUUCAUAGCGUCAACGCUUCCAUCUUUUUCACGGCAUUUAAUAGACAGUCUUGGCUCAGCACUGAGAAUAAGGCUCGACUCCUGGAAUGGAAAGGGAGGAUCGAUCUGCUCAACUACGCGUCGCGACUGGCACCAGAGCUGUAUCCCGAAGAAAUAGUCAACUACACACCGCUCCAGAAGGACUUGACGUGGCCUCUGCUGAUCAAGAAAACAAACCAACUCACACAUGAUGAUGGGCACAUUGCCAAGUUGAUUCGCACGUUGGCUCACGGGCAAGCAAUUUGCAGUGCUUUCGAAGCACGCCCGGAAACCGCUGCGAGGUUCCCGUUGAAAGGUCAGGGUUGGCUCCAGAUCGCAAACAUGGCAAUAGACACGACCACCGAAUUACGGACUCCUGACCGCUGGGUUAGAGGAGCAGGUGGUGCAAAGAAUUGGGAGAAGUUUGCUGACCGGUAG